AUGUAUGCGUCGUUCGAUGUCACCCGAGUCGCCGGUGGCCAUGGCUUUGACAGCAACCUCUUUGUUUUCCUGAAGGUCGAGGGCAGGCCAGACUGUGGAAAACCCGCCGGUGCCAAUUUUAUGCUCAACCAGGUGUCUCGCGUUGAGGAUGUCUUCGAGACAAAUUGGAUAGUAAACGUUUGGCGUUGCCUUGCGUUCAUACUUAUCCCAGGACUCGACAACUUCUUCGAGCUCUAUUUCCUCGCCUUCUGUGCUUACAAGAUCUCCAAAGUCUGUCGCGUCAUCGUCCUUGGUUGUUUGCGGCGGCGUUACUCUAUCCGUCCUAUCUUAUCCACGACUAUGCUGUAUCGCGGUCCGGUCUUCUAUAUGCCUGAGCUUGACCUAGCCUGA